AUGUCGGACCCGACCUCACCAAGCCCUUACUCAGAGAACAAACGAUUCGAGCCAAAAGUUCCGGUCGAGCUCAACCCGCCCAAGGAUGACGAGAUAACGUUGGAAGAGUUGGCCCAAAAUGAUGGAACGAAUCCAGAGAGACCUACCUGGGUUGCGAUCAAGGGAACCGUCUUCGACGUCUCCAAAAACCCGGCCUACAAAGAGAAGGGUCAAUACCAUGUUUUCGCUGGCAAGGAUCCGUCCCGCGGCCUCGCCCUGUCGAGCUUGAAGCCUGAAGAUUGCGUGCCGAACUGGGACGACCUCGACGACAAGUACAAGACGGUUCUUGACGAGUGGUAUUCCUUCUUUAGCAAGCGGUAUAAUAUUGUGGGCAAGGUCAGUAUGUCCAAGUUGUGA